ACUUGGAAUGCCUUCGGCGACGAGACAGCACAGCCACCACUGCAGCAGCAGCAGCAGCCAAGGAUAACAGAGAAAACCGCCUCUGCUGCUCCAGCGUCAUCGGCAGCAGCAGGAGGGGGAGCAGCAGGUGCAGGAGCAGCAGCAGGUGCAGCUGCCCCUGCAGCAGCACCAUCAGCGGCACAAAAGGCAGCUGCAGCACGUGCCGCAAUCCCAGAGGACUUUUUCACCAACCUCCUCCCAGCGCCCACAGUAAAGAACGACCUGCCCUAUCUUGGGGGUUAUGCCGCCCCUCCUGCCCCCGCCCCUGCUGUCACCGAUACAAGCUCACUCGCGUUCGGAUCGCCGGGAACAGUGGCUGCUGCAGCUUCUGCUUAUGGGGCAUACGGGCAGCCUCAAAUGUCCGCGUUGGGACUGCCGCCCCAAGCCAUGGACUUGCCGCCCUACCAGAUGGGAGGACCCGCUACAGGACAAGCCAUGCCGUCCGCCUAUGAUCAAUUCCUCUCCACCACAGCAGCCGCCCCUCCUCCUUUCCCCGGUGCCCCUGGUGUUGCUGCUAGUCUCGAUGCCUCUGGUUUUGGUGCUGCUGCCAAUGGUAGCAGUGCAAAUUCAGCAGCAGCAGGAGCACCAGCAGCAGCAGCGGCAGCAGCAGCCAAGUCGACCAAUCCGUUUGCCUUUGAUGAUGACGACGAGGAGGACACUACGGCCCCUGCUGCUCCUCCUGGUGCUGCUACGGGUUCUCAGCCAUUCUCCAUGGAUCCGAUGGCUACUGCUCUCCCUGGCGGUUAUUUUGCCCCUCCUGGCACCGCUGCUGCCCCUUUCCAGUCCCCUCAGCAGCAGAAUCCUGCAGCCACCCCAUUCGCACAUGGACCAGAUCUCACCCCACAACCCUCCGCCUUCUCGCCCUCCACUCCUCCGCAACCCUCCGAUCCGUUCGGUGCACCUCACCCCGUCCAAACCACCUCACCUGGUCUGGCCGGACCUGCCGGUGGGUUCGGAGGUGCCACGCCUGGAGGGGGCGUGAGUGUGUCUGCUGAUCUCUUUGGGGCCGGGUUCGGUUGGGGGGGAGCGGGAGGUGGGGGAGGGGGAGGAGGAGCAGUGGGAGGGGCAGGUGGGGUAGGGCAUAACCAAAUGCAUUCUGCUGCGAUGGGUGGUGGUGGUGGGAUGUCUGCGUCGAUUGAUUUCGGUUUCCUUGGAGGUGGUGGUGGUGGUGCAGCCUCUGGGCUUGCCCCCGGUGCUGCGGGGGGUGGUGGGAACUUCGGAUUAGCGCCUGCUACUGCAGGAGCAGCACCAGCAGGAGGGUCCUCUAUGGAUCCCUUUGCAUCCCUAAUGCCGACCGGAGCAUCAGCUGCUAGUGCUCAUCCACCUGCUUCUGUUGCGGGUGCACCUGCGGCUGCUCCUGCAUCCUCUUUUGAUGGUUUCUCGUGGUAG